CUUCAACCUGAACUCGUAGCACCGCUGUCGCUACCAGUGCGUGCAGUUACGCACUUUUCCUCGGCCUCCCGGCAUAAUGUUCUUCGCUGACAAGUGUUCCCGCUGUUUAUAUUUAGUCCUCUUCAUUUUAGUUGCCUUUUUGACGGACACCGGUGGCACAUGGAAGCGCCGAGAGGACAAAACUAAGUGUCCCAAAGUCAAGGGUAUAAGGAACUUCGACAUAUCCGAAUUUCUGGGAGCAUGGUACAUAGUGCAGUACUAUGCAUCGUCCGAGGAAGCCCUGGCUUACAGAUGUAUGAGGGCCGAGCUUUCGGUGUCGUCGGAAAAAGCCGAGGUCACGAUGAACUUCACCUACAGUUUUACGGACGACCCCAUAAACGAGCAGUUGGUCGGCAACAUCACAUGGAAAGUACCAUCCGCGGUGGCCCCUGCCCAUUGGAUCCACGCUGAAUAUCCCUACGAAGGAGUGUACAACACGUACGUGCUAGACUCGGACUAUAAAUCAUGGGCGUUGCUGAUGCAUUGCGCGGAAAAGAGCAAGAGCCCUCGGUACUUGUCCAGCUUCAUAAUGAGCCGAGAGCCCAGCCUCGGCAUCAACGUCAUCUCCUACCUCCGAGAAAAGCUCCCGAGGUACGACAUCGACCUGGAGUACAUGUUCCCGAUGGAGCAGAAGAACUGCACCAUGCUGGACCCAGAGGCUGCCCUGCUCCUUCCGCCUUCCGUAGCCAUCAGGAGACCACCGGUUGGGAGGAGACAUCCUUUGAAGAGGAAACAUCGGAGGACGUAGUAUUGAUAUUUGUACAACAUUUGUAUAAUACCGUUGCGUGCCCUUUUAAAGAUUAUAUUUAAGUCCGAGGAUUACGAGCGCGGUGGACCGGGUGGAAGGAUUAACUUUGAUGGAGAAGUAGCAUUUUAUG